AUGAUUAACGCUUCCAAAGGAAAACAAUGCUUUUUCCUUCCUAUGCAUAGUAUGCAUAAUUGAAAAAUCUAUGCGCGGAAAAUUUCUGGAUAAUUGAAGAUUGGUGUAUUAUGGGACCUACACGCGUACUCCACAAAUCCUGGAAUUUACAGUCAAGAUCCCGAAAUCCUCAAGUCUCUGGUCCUUUCACAAUGUUUUGGAAGCGCAUUAUGUUCCUUUAUUUUCAAAAUUUGCACUUUGUGGACAAUGGCAGUGUUAUUAAACACGGCGAUAACAGAUUUCAGGGAUUUUGAGUAUGAGAUUAUAAAUGCGCAAUACUUUUCAAAUUAACACGCAAAAAGCAGAUAGCCAUUCAACGCAAACGGAUAAUGUUUUUGAUCUUUUUAUUUCUCAUUCUGUUGUCUUUCUUACUUGUGUUCGUUGUCCUGCCGUUGGUUUUCAUGCUCAGUAUCCGACUGCAGCAAUUGCUGAUAUUUACUCAUUGGAAUCAGCCACGUAAUAAAAGCUACUACGAAAAUUUUCGUUUUUCGGGACUGAAAAAUAGGUACGUCAUCGUCAAAGACGAUGAUGCCCAGCAAAGCUUAGCCCUUGGCUUGUGGCAGAUAUUGCCUAUUGAGUUAGCGAAAAUGGCAAUUCAUACUAGGAAGUUUGAUUAUGAUGAAGCUUUAAGAAACGGCAAAUACAGUGUGGUUUUGUAUUUUCAUGGGACAGGAGAAGAUCGUACCGACAAUACAAUGAAGUACCAAUUGCUGAGAUUAUUUUUCCAUGUGAUUGCAUUUGACUACAGAUGUUAUGGCGAUUCAACAAAUGGGGAAUUGUUUGAGCAAUCAGUAGUUAAUGAUUGCAUACAAAUUUUUCAAUGGGUUAAAAAUCACACCAACGCUCCAAUUUACAUUUGGGGACAUUCAUUGGGCACUGCAAUAUGUACCUCUAUGAUAUCGCAAUUAAACAGAAUUGGAGCCAUUAAAGGUUUGAUAUUGGAAGCUCCAUUCACUGAUUUAAAGGAUGAAAUUUACCAACACCCCUACGCGAAGUAUCUUGCCUGGUUACCGUGGUUCGAAGUAACUGUGAUCAGGCCAUUACUCAAAAAUGGAUUUGUUUUUGAUACCGCGAAAAAUAUAUUGAAUGUGGAUUGUCCAAUAAUGAUUUUUCACGCGGAAGAUGAUGAAGUUGUUCCUUAUUCAAUGAGUAAACAAUUAUUUGCGAUUGCCAAGACAAGAAAGUAUGGUAGACUGGCAAAUCUGACAUUUCUAUACAUAUUCAAUGAAUCUCUAAGGUACAACCACAUAUUUAUGUAUAGGGAUUCAUAUAUGUACUUUUAUAUAUUGAACUUCCUCAAAGAUUGCAAUGAAAAAAAUUUUUUAGGCUCACAUCAAAGUUAAGUGCGGCUGUGAUAUUACUUGAUCUACUUAAGCGAUACAGGCAUAAAAUGCCGACUUUAGGAUAUUUUUGUAAGGUGUACUGUUAGUUAUAAAAAUAUUUUCAAUAAAACAAUUAGGUUAUUGUUU